CAACAGCUCAUUCAUAAUCACUAAAGUCGUGUCAUACUGUCAUUCUAUUAUAAAUAGAACAGUUUUGAGUGCUUUAAUAUAAUGCAGCACUUGAGUCAUCUUAAUCAAGGUGAAAAGUCAUUAAGGCUUGGAUUCUUAUCUCAAAAAUUUAAAAAUCCAAAGUUAAAAUUAACAAAAUUUCACAAAUGUUCCUGAAGUGUAUAGAUUGAGGGAAUUAUUUGAUUCUAGCCAAGCUCUCAAGUCUGUCUAAGCAUGAUAUUUAACAAGAACUUGACAUAGUGGGUGUACACUUGCCUGACAGAAUAAAUUCCGUAGCCCCAGCCAACCAAGAGAAACAGAAGUACUGGCCGGUAGGUCUCAGCCUUAGGAUCUACAUUGUUUAUCUUUUUGUUUAUGAACAAUAUCAUGGAAAUGAAUGCAUUCUCAUUGAGUGUGUAAAUCAAAACUGGUAUUUUCUAGAGCUUUGGGGAAAUGGAAAGAAUUAAUGGGGCAAGAUCAAAGCACUGGAAAUAAACAGUAGAAAUAACAAUAGAAAGGUCAGUAAGGUGGCACAGGAAAUGCUUUGUGUGAAGGGCAAACUUAUCACCCAAAAAGUGAGGAGUGAACUGGCUGUGGGCAAGUUGUUUACUUGCUAUUAUGAUGAGCAGAUAGUGAUGCUUUUGUUUUCCUUUAUUAGUGACCACUAAAAAGAGACCAGGGAGGCCUUUGAGGAGGUUGGAACACAGAUGAUGUCAUAAAGAGCACUGAAAGUAACAUUUCAGUUUCACUCCAUACCUAGAAGAAUUUAGCUCACAAGAUAGUUUUUGUGUAUGUUGAAUAGUAGAUGCAUGAGUGCAGUCUUUAUUCAUUGUAUAAACACCUGCUUAAUUUAACCUGCAAAUUAAGUGAGACUUGAACACAAUUUUGUUCAUCUUGAAGAAUGUAUAGCAUUAUAGGAUAGUUGAGAGGUUUGUUUUAAAUAUAAAUUAUUGUUAUUUGGAUGUUGUAACUUCAGCAGACAGAAGGUUCUAAGAGGUUGGAUGCUUUGGAAUAUCUUUAUAUAGGGAAUAGACCUCCUAUUUCUUAAGCAAGUUGCUUCUGGAAUUGAUGCAACAAAGAUAUUAGCUGGAGUUUAAUGGAGAAAUUGUUCUACGAACUGCUGCUAUUGGUAUUUCUCUUAGAUGUUUUCCACUGAUGUUUGUGAUGCUUGAAAAAUCCAAAUUCUGCUUGGAUAAAUUUGUUUUAUGCUUUUUUCUCUCUACCUCCCUCUUUCCCUAGGUGCCCUCCCACAUUUUGUUACUGUGAAAAGCUGUUGUCCUAUUACCUCACUGAUAAGUGAUCUUAACUGUAUUCAAUCAGAAUGCUUUAAACUUAUUCCUAAGCUGUUUUUGUUUAUGGACUUUGGGUUAUUUUGUUAUUAUUGUGAGAAUAUUUAAGACAUUGUAAGAAGUAAUUUUAAAUCUAUUGCAUAACCUUUUUUGGUUUGUCUGGCUACUACUAUAUAUUAAUUUAUUAUGGCCUUUUAUAAUUCACUUGUUUUCUGAGAUUGCUGUAGAAACUGAUGAAGAAAGAGUCAUACUAACCUAAAUGAAUGGUCAAUUGAUCUAGCAUUUUAUUUCAGGUUUCCUUGUACUUUGGGCAUCCAAAGCACAAGAUCAGAGAUAAUCUUUUUUCACAUUUGUCCCUCAAAGCAUCUUACCCUAAGCCAUAAGAAGACUAAGUGAAAGAAGAGAAUCUCUCAUUGUCUGACUCUUUACACAGCCUGAUUUUACUCCCGGUUUGAAACAAAGUUAGUGUUUACCAUUGGUUACUUUAAAAUAUUCACCAUACUGUUACAUUCAUUAAGACAUCUGUUUGUUAAUUCACGAUUGUGUACUUAAAAAACAGAACAUAGAAGAAUGAGUAAAGUGACCAAGAUAAGGGCAAAGUGACAUAUCUAAAGUUUGCUUCUCGAAUUUUUCCACCAGCAUAAUCCUCAAGCAGAGGAGCAUGAAUGUGUAGGGGAAGGAGCCUGAGGGCAAAAUCAGAAGCAGCCUGCCAGUCAUGAAAUUUCGUGUUCUGUCUUAAAAAUAUUCUAUGACAAGGUGCUAUCUUUGCAUGAAGAUUCAGCAACCCCUGUGUCUAACCCUCUGCUUGCAUUUACUCUCAUCAAACGCCUACAGUCCGACUGGAAGAAUGUGGUACAUAGUCUGGAGGCCAGUGAGAACAUCCGAGGUAAUGAGGAGGAGGGCUGGAGGGUGAGAGAAGAUUCUAUCUCCUGACUUAGUGGAAAGGAGAGAGAUUCUGAAGGGAUGUGAUGAAGGAUAAUGAAGUGGGUAGGUAUUACUUGAUCUCCUUAGCUCUAACUAUUACAAAGAACUAGGUCCCUUUGUUAAUAUGUUUAUAUUAUUAUAAUUAGAAAGCACUUUUUUCUUUUUCAGUAAGUUUUUAGUUUAGUUUUUUUUUUUUUUUGGCUGCACCACACAGCAUGAGGAACUUCCCUGACCAGAGAUUGAACCUGCGCCCCCUGCAGUGGAAGCGCAGGGUCUUAACCACUGGACCACCAGGGAAGUCUUAGAAAGCACUUUCAUAUCCAUUAUCUCAUUUGAUCUCCACUCCAAUCCUGUGAAGAACUAUAGGUUAUAUCAUCCCAUUUACAUACAUGUAAAAGUGAUGUCAUCUUCUUUUUUAUUUUUAUUUUUUGAUGUUGACUAUUUUUAAAGUCUUUAUUGAAUUUGUUACAAUAUUGCUUCUGUUUUAUGUUUUGGUUUUUUGGCUGCGAGGCAUGUGGGAUCUUAGCUCCCGACCAGGGAUCGAACCCACACCCCCUGCUUUGGAAGCUCUGAAGGAUGGUUAUGAGAAGGUGGAACAGGACCUGCCAGCCUUUGAGGACCUAGAGGGAGCAGCAAGGGCCCUGAUGCGGCUGCAGGACGUGUACAUGCUCAGUGUGAAGGGACUUGCUCGAGGCGUCUUCCAGAGAGUCACCGGCUGUGCUGUCACUGACCUGUACAGUCCCAGACGGCUUUUUUCCCUCACGGGGGAUGACUGCUUCCAAGUUGGCAAGGUGGCCUAUGACAUGGGAGAUUACUACCAUGCCAUUCCAUGGCUGGAGGAGGCUGUCAGUCUCUUCCGAGGCUCUUAUGGAGAAUGGAAGACAGAGGAUGAGGCAAGUCUAGAGGAUGCCUUGGAUUACUUGGCCUUCGCCUAUUUCCAGGUGGGAAAUAUUUCCUGUGCCCUCAGCCUCUCCCGAGAGUUUCUUCUGUACAGCCCAGAUAAUAAGAGGAUGGCCAGGAAUGUCCUGAAAUACGAAAAGCUCUUGGCAGAGAGCCCUAACCAGGCCGUGGCUGAGGCUGUCAUCCAGAGGCCCAACGUACCCCACCUGCAGACCAGGGACACCUAUGAGGAGUUAUGUCAGACCCUGGGUUCCCAGCCUACUCACUACCAGAUCCCCAGUCUCUACUGCUCCUAUGAGACCAGUUCCAGUCCCUACCUGCUGCUCCAGCCUGUCCGGAAAGAGGUCAUCCACCUGGAACCCUAUGUUGUUCUCUACCAUGACUUUGUCAGUGACACUGAGGCUCAGAAAAUUAGAGGCCUUGCAGAACCAUGGCUACAGAGAUCUGUGGUGGCAUCAGGCGAAAAGCAGUUACCAGUGGAGUACCGCAUCAGCAAAAGUGCCUGGCUAAAGGACACCGUUGACCCAGUGCUGGUGACCCUCGACCAUCGCAUUGCCUCCCUUACAGGCCUUGAUGUCCAGCCUCCCUACGCAGAGUAUCUCCAGGUGGUAAACUACGGAAUCGGAGGGCACUAUGAGCCUCACUUUGACCACGCUACGUCACCAACCAGCCCACUGUACAGAAUGAACUCUGGGAACCGAGUUGCAACAUUUAUGAUCUACCUGAGCUCGGUGGAAGCUGGAGGAGCCACAGCCUUCAUCUACGGCAACUUUAGCGUGCCUGUGGUCAAGAAUGCAGCACUAUUUUGGUGGAACCUGCAUAGGAGUGGUGAAGGGGAUGGUGACACACUUCAUGCUGGCUGUCCUGUCCUGGUAGGAGAUAAGUGGGUGGCCAACAAGUGGAUACACGAGUAUGGACAGGAAUUCCGCAGGCCUUGCAGCUCAAGCCCUGAAGACUAAAAUGUUGGCAGAGAGAAGCUGGAGGAGUCCUUUGGCUUUCCAGAGAAGCCAGAAGCCAAAAGCUAUGGUAAGAGAGGAGAAAGGAGAGCAAGCUUCUGGAGGAGGGCCUUUGUCAGCAUUGCCUAUUCCUUGCAAAGGGAAGACAAGGAAGUGGUCUCUAGCAGGGGACAUCUGAGAACUUAGUUUCUCCUCAAGCCAUGAGUCACAGUAGAAUGAACAAUACAAAGGAGGGGGCAAGGAGGCUGGAGAGAGAAGUUUCUGGAGCUCAGACACUCUCUGUUGGGAACAGGACAUAUCAGCAGUCUCCAGAGUUUGGUCAUUGGGGCUUUUGCUACUUGAGCCUUGACCACGGGGGCCCAGAAGUGGCAGUGAGGACACCUGCAGGUCAUGCCUGACCCCCAUAUGCCCUUCUGUCUACUGACUUCUGCUGAAGGCUGAGCUGGGUGUGUCUCUGUAUCAGGAGUGUACCUCAUGUGAUGCUUUUUUUAAAGCAGAAAAUAACUUUUUAAAAAUAUGAUUUUUAAAUACAGCCAUUAAAAAUGUUUUAAUAGUCA